GAGAGACAACAGGAACUAUUUCAGCGCUUAAUCAGCGAAAUGACAGAUUUUAGGAAGUGGCUUUAACAGAAGGAACAAAAGCUGUGUGACAAAAAAGGACAAAUCACAGCUGGCCCGCUGAAUAAUGACCAAGGAGAAGCCGACGGGUUGGAUCACAACAUGCGUCAGAGGAUAUGUUGUCUGCUCUCUGUGAUGUGCUGUGUAUCGGUCCAGAGAAACUCUCGGACAAACUGACACAUGAUUGCACACAGAGCACGUCUUUGUCUUCUUUCCCUAACUACUGGGUCUGUGGGGAAAGAGGAGGCGAACCGAAGCCAGAGGAACCAAGCAGCACCUCCCAGAAGCUGAUGUCUGACAUUUAAAGUUCUCUCUCCUCACCUCUAAUUCUUGAGCAAUGGACCAGCCUCUUCUGGGACGAGUGUCAGCUGCCGGCCGGGGCUGCUGCUCCUACAGCACCCUGAAGGCCUGGCUGCCCAUCCUCUCCUGGCUGCCCAGUUACAAGCUGAAGUGGCUUAAGAUGGACCUGCUUGCAGGCCUCACAGUCGGGCUGACAACUGUGCCACAGGCGCUGGCUUAUGCUGAAGUAGCCGGUCUUCCUGUGCAGUAUGGACUCUACUCUGCCUUCAUGGGGGGGUUCAUCUACACCCUCCUGGGGACCUCAAAGGAUGUGACACUGGGUCCCACGGCCAUCAUGUCCCUCCUGUGUUUCACCGUGGUGGGGGGGCAGCCACACCGAGCCGUGCUGCUCAGCCUCCUCUGUGGACUCAUCCAGGCAGUAAUGGCAUUACUGAGAUUAGGUUUCCUGCUGGACUUCAUCUCUUUCCCUGUAAUAAAAGGCUUCACUUGUGCUGCUGCAGUAACCAUUGGCUUUGGCCAGGUCAAGAAUAUUCUUGGACUUCAGGGAAUUCCCCAGGAGUUCUUCCUGGAGGUUUACUACACCUUCCACAGGAUCCCAGAAGCCAGGAUAGGUGACGUGGUGCUGGGUCUGCUUUGUCUCGGUCUGCUGGUCAUGUUGUCGUUGAUGAAGGCGAGUCUUGGCUCUGACGAGGCUCCCUACUCCAGCUGCUCCAGAGUCGCCAGGAAACUAGUGUGGACUGUUGCUACCAUGCGUAACUCUCUGGUGGUCCUGGCCGCAUCCGUCAUAGCAUUUUCCUGGGAUGCUUAUGGUUACCAGGUCUUUACAAUCACCGGGAAAACUUCCCCGGGGCUCCCGCCAUUCAUGCCCCCACCCACCACAGACACCACAGCCAAUGGCACCAUCGUCUCCUUUGGAGAGAUUGUAGAGGGCUUUGGAAGUGGACUUGCUGUGAUUCCCUUCAUGGGUCUGCUGGAGAGCAUUGCUAUUGCUAAAGCUUUUGCCAGUCAGAACGACUACAGAAUCGAUGCCAACCAGGAGCUGCUGGCAAUUGGCGUGACCAACAUCAUGGGUUCCUUUGUGUCAGCCUACCCUGUCACCGGCAGCUUUGGGAGGACAGCGGUGAACUCCCAGACUGGUGUUUGCACUCCAGCUGGAGGGAUUGUCACCAGUUUCAUAGUAUUGCUUUCCCUGGCGUUCCUCAUGCCGGCCUUCUACUACAUCCCCAAAGCUUCUCUGGCUGCUGUCAUCAUCUGUGCGGUCGCUCCGAUGGUAGAUUACCAGGUUGUGGCUAAGAUGUGGAGUAUACGCAAACUGGACCUGCUGCCUUUCCUCGUGACGUUCUUGAUGAGUUUCUGGCAGGUGCAGUACGGCAUCUUAGGAGGUGUCGCUGUAUCUGGAGCCAUGCUGCUGUAUAACAUUGCAAGACCACGGAUUGAGGUGUCUGAUCACGGUGUGAUGGUGAUGGAGUUGGACAGUGGACUCAGCUUUCCUGCCACAGAGUAUCUCAGCCAUGUUAUACACACUCAGGCUCUGCAGGCAUCUCCUCCGCGGUCCGUGGUCCUGGAUUGCCACCAUGUCAGCACCAUAGAUUACUCUGUGAUCAGCGAGCUCAGAGACCUGCUGAGGCAGUUCAAAUUGCGAGACUUGCAUCUGGUCUUUUCAAGAUUGCAGCCCUCUGUUCUGACAGUGCUCCUAGCAGCUGACCUGCAGGGCCUCAGGUAUACAGACAGUGUGGAGGCAGCACUGCAGAUGGAGUCAGAAAACCUCCCCAAUGACUGACAAAAGAUCUUACCAAUCCCAGAGUUGGGAGUCGGAUUGAUACGGGAAAGAAGCAAUAAAGCAACAACACUGAUCUUUGACAUAUCUUGGGAUUACUGGGCCGUUAUGAAGGUGAAAAAAGUUGUGACCUACCUCCAACAACCGUCUUUAGAUGUACUACGACGGCCGGGAGCCAAGUGAUGUUACUCUUUUUCUCGUCAGAGGAAAGUGUGGCGCUGAAUUUUGGAUCUGCUAAACUUGACUUUGCAAAUUACAGCACUACAGUGACAUUGCACAGCAACAUUGGACCAAUAGUGUUUUUAUAUGCUUUUAAGGGACAUUUUGUUUUUGGUACGAAUGAGGAAUUUAGAGAUAAUAUAAACAGAAUAAGGAUGACAUAUGUGUAAAUAAUAAACAAAGCAGAACAAAGCUGUACAUAUACACAUAUGCCACCAAUCAUGAGUUGUUGAAUUUAUCCAUGUAAAGGAAAUGUAAAUUAAUUAAUUAGUUUUAAGAAACGUUGCCAAGGCGGUGGCAAAAUGUUGCUUAUUGACUUGCAUGAUUAACCCAAAUCACAACUGUACAGCAAUUUUUACUAAAUGUAACGUUUACAUUUUCAUA